AUGAGGAUAUGUGGUCGGCCAGGCCCAUCGUGUGCUGCCAUCAGGCAGUGUGGUCCACAGGCUCAUCAAGUGCAGUCGGGAGGCAGUGCGUUCGCCCUAGCCUAUCAAGUGCAGACGAGAGGCAGUGCGUUCGGCCAGGCCCAUCAAGUGCAGACGAGAGGCAGUAAGUUUGGCCAGGCCCAUCAAGUGCAGACGAGAGGCAGUGUGUUCGGCCACGCCCAUCAAGUGCAGACGAGAGGCAUUGCGUUCGGCCAGGCCCAUCAAGUGCAGACGAGAGGCAGUGCGUUAGGCCAGGCCCAUCAAGUGCAGACGAGAGGCAGUGCGUUAGGCCAGGCCAAUCAAGUGCAGACGAGAGGCAGUGCCUUCGGCCAGGCCCAUCAAGUGCAGACGAGAGGCAGUGCCUUCGGCCAGGCCCAUCAAGUGCAGACGAGAGGCAGUGCCUUCGGCCAGGCCCAUCAAGUGCAGACGAGAGGCAGUGCGUUCGGCCAGGCCCAUCAAGUGCAGACGAGAGGCAGUGCCUUCGGCCAGGCCCAUCAAGUGCAGACGAGAGGCAGUGCGUUCGGCCAGACCCAUCAAGUGCAGACGAGAGGCAGUGCGUUCGGCCAGACCCAUCAAGUGCAGACGAGAGGCAGUGCGUUCGGCCAGGCCCAUCAAGUGGAGACGAGAGGCAGUGCGUUCGGCCAGGCCCAUCAAGUGGAGACGAGAGGCAGUGCGUUCGGCCAGGCCCAUCAAGUGGAGACGAGAGGCAGUGCGUUCUGCCAGGCCCAUCAAGUGGAGACGAGAGGCAGUGCGUUCUGCCAGGCCCAUCAAGUGGAGACGAGAGGCAGUGCGUUCAGCCAUGUCCAUCAAGUGCCGUGA